AUGUCUGGUUCCAAUCCCUUCCGUAAGAAUUUGGACGGUGAUUCUAUUGCGGCUAUAGCAUCACAGCCUCCAGCUUUCCCAGCUACAAGCAUUGUAGCGCCCUUGCCCUCCAAUCCCUCCAUCCCGGUGCCCAACGGUCACCUCGGAAAGUCGUCUUUAUCGCUCGGCGUUGAGACCGGUGACUCGAGCUUUGAUGAACAGGCUGACCCUUUCAAUCCCGAUUCAUCGGUGAGUGACAACGACGGUGACGAUAAGGACGACGCAGAGAGCUCAAGGAACUCCCCUGUUCUCGUCGAUCGCCCGCAAGCAUCGUCUGGGUUAGCUCCAUACCUAGUCCCAUCAAAUAGAUCAUCGACGACACCUCCGUCAAAGCUAUCAUUCACAUCAUCCGAACACACAAUGGGCUCUAUAGCCGAUACAGAGGCAUUCAACUCGGCCGAAGAAGUUGCCCCCAUGCCGCGGACGAGAAAGAUCUCUUCUGAACAAGAACAAGGCACGAGCCGUUCCAAAGAUAGGAAACCCCCGCCGCCGCCCAGAAGUCAUCAUGGAAAGCGAAUUAGUGUUGCAGGCAAUACAGCUUCUCCCUCGAUCGCCACACCUCCUCGACCAAACCACCGCCUUUCAUACCAUGCAUCUUCCCCAGAGAGCUUGCCCUCUGCACGAGCAUCAGGGACUCCCAAUGCCAGUUCAGUCUACAAUGCAGGACCAAGAGAUUACUUUUCGGUUUCUUCUGAAACCCGAAGGGCAACCGACUCAGCCAACUUGCUCCAACGCAGCAAUUCCCAACCGAAGCGACCACCAACGCCGCCUCUCAGCCGACGCCACAGCCAAAUGCGGCGGUCAAAGUCCACCCAGUCCAAAUCUAGUGGCAGUCGAUUAACCAUGUCUUCGCUUGAUUCCGAGAGUAACGAUAGCUCCCAGCCUCCGAGUCCAGGCCCGUCCAAUCGUUCCGUCGCUUCGUCUAUGUCUCAGGACCGCAAGCGCAUCAGCAUGCCCCCACCUUCCGGGGAGCCUCAAGCUGGGGUUACAGAUUCUCUAUCACCUCCCCCAAGCUCAAGGCCCAAUCUCAAUCAGGCUGGACACCGUGCCUCGUCGUAUGGUAGUAUUGGAACGGGCUCCUCCACCGCACCACCCACCCCCCGCCUCGUCGAGGACGAGACUCACACCGUGGUAGUGACGGGGGUCCGGUGUCUCAAACCACAGGAGAAACACCCCUGCCGCAGCCAUCCCAUGCGAGUGAUAUACUGGCUGAUUUGUCGCGAUUACAGAAAGAGGUGGAUGACCUUCGGCGAGCGCACGGCCGGUGAGAAAUAA